UACGUAUCAAGAGAUCCACUCUCACGAUUGUGUUUGCUGGUCGCCAUUGUGUUGUUUGGAUAUGAUGUCGUUGUUGAUACCGCGCUGACUGGAUCUUGGACAUCAUUCCGGCAAUGCGGUGGUCGUCGCAAGAGUUUACGGGACCAUGAAGUAUCUGAGUGGCGUAAAGGUGUCACGGUUACAGGACUCAAGAACAUUCGGAUGUCAGUGAAGGUAAGCUAUCACGUGGAUCAUGUCCCCUGGUUACGAAGAGCUUCUUGA